UUAUUAUUAUUACCACUGUCUCACGCAGUCACGCCAUUAUUGGGCAAUUGUCACUUGAUAUUCCCGUCGCGUUUCCAAUACAUAAUUGUAAUAAUAACAUUCAUUCCUAAUCUGAUCGUUUGCCGGCCAUUUCGAUCGGUGAUCACUAAUUAAUUAUUUCUACGUUUCAUUUUCCUUCUCAGCCGAGUUUUCACUUUUUUCCGGUUCCGAUCGAUCGGUCUGUUUAAGUGACUAAAAGUCGCCAACUCGCUAACGCUAAUAAUCGUCGCCCCGUCAACCAACCGACGGCGACACGACGAGACAAGCGUACCGCCGGAACAUACCAGAUUACCAGCUCGACUCGCGACCACUACUACCACUACCACUGUCAGCUCCCGCCGCCUCGCCAUGUGCUAACGCAGUAACAUACUAUCACCACAGUUUGCCGUCCUAAUCGUCGACCGUCGUCGUCGUCGUCACUCGUCGUCGCAACAGCAGCGCAACGUUAUUACUCACCCCGGGCAACUGAAGCAGUGAGCAGCAGAUACCGCAAACUGUAAAGCUGACGAGAAUCGAUCGUGCGCACACCCGGACGACGCAACCACUACAACGAAGAACCGUUCGUACGUACGAGCAGACGACACCACUGGAAAAAAGAAAAUAUUUUGUUUACGACUUCUCAUUUUCAAUCUGUUUUUGUCACAUCCAACUGAUAUUUUAAGCAGUUUUUGGAAAUUUCUCGCAAAGAAAAUUUUAUUAAGUCAUUAACUUAGUUUAAUGUACUAGGUUAUACCUACCUUUUUUCAAGAUUUAAUUUUAACGCACACUAAAUACAACAUCAAAUAUGUCUUCUUGGCAAGAUUAUGUUGACAAACAACUUAUAGCUUCUCGAUGUGUUACCAAGGCCGCUAUCUUAGGUCAUGAUGGUACAGUAUGGGCAAGUUCAGAAGGAUUUAAUGUUACCAAGGAAGAACUUAGCAGACUAAUUGCUGGUUUUGAAAAUCAAAAUGUUUUGGCUGCUUCAGGUGUAACGCUAGCUGGUAGUAGGUUUAUUUAUUUGUCUGGUACUGAUAAGGUCAUUAGAGCAAAGCUGGGUAAAGUAGGUGCACACUGUGUGAAGACCCAACAAGCUGUAGUUGUUUCAUUAUACGAAGACCCCAUUCAACCACAACAAGCUGCCUCUGUUGUUGAAAAGCUUGGUGAUCAUUUGGUUGCUCAUGGAUACUGAAUGUGAAUUGCAAAAAAACAUGAAUAAUGUGGCUUCAAAAAAUGGAAGAUAUUUUCAAAAUUCAGAAUAUCAAGAACAACUAAAAACUAUGUGUUAUGGCAUUUAAUAUAUUACAUUAAAAUAACCUAAUUUCAAUUACACCCAAUAAAAUAAAUGUUUAUUAUUUUGGGAGAAAUAUAUUAGGUAUAUAUACUAUUUUAUUUUUAUUUUUUAUUUAUUUUUUUAAUGGAAUACCAAACAACUAUUUCAUUAUCUUUUAUUUCUGAUAAGAUUUUGAUCCGCUGCUUGGGAACUAUAGAUUUGUUUAACAUUAUCAUUGUUGUACACAAGUCUCAGAUACUAUUAUUACUACCUAACAAAAACUAAAAAUUAAUUAUCCUCAUAAUUUUUAUACAAAAUUAGUGAUUCUAUUAAAUAUUAUCUGUACAUUACAAUUAAUUUGAUUAUAAGCUAUUGCUAAUGGUCAAAUGUAUGAUUUAAUUAACUAUCAUCAGUUUUUUUUUUUUUUUUAAACAUCCUUGAUUUGUGUUUAUAUUUUUCUACUAUUAUAUUAUAUAAAUAUAAUUAAAGAAGAAAUCAUAUUUUCUUUAUUUGUAAUGUUUUUGCUUUAUACUUGUUAUGAUUUGCACUUUCUACUGUUCGAUUUAGAAACAGUAUUUAGUUAGAUAUUUAUUCAAAACUCCAUGACUUGAACAAAAAAAUAGUAUGUACCUAACAAUUAAGUGUUUUGUAAUUUGUUUAAUAUUUAAUUGGCUGUGUGGUAUCUUUAUUUAUGUUUAUUAAUUAUUUUUUAAAAUUUCUAUAAGCAAUAAUAAACGUAUAGCUUUUUAUACCGAUUUACGUUCCCGUGGCUACCAAGUAAAACAAUUAUGAAAGAAAUAUUGUAUUGUAUAAUAUAUUGUCAAAUAUUUUUUUUAUUAUAACCAACCAAUAAACAAAUAUUUAUAGAACAUUUUAAA